UUUCCCGGAAUCACUAUUUCAUUGCCAUCAUAUUUAAUUUCUUCUCCAAGCAGUCUGCUUAGUGCUUUGCCGACCUUCACUGAAAAUUCUGAUGAAACUCUCAGACUUCUCUUCUCUUUACCCAUCCCCCCUCAGCUUUUGAUCAUUUCUCUUUCCUUUUUUUUAUGAUUUUAUUUUAUCUUUUUUAUUCAUUAUUAUUAUAAGAGUUCCCUAGCCGCCAUGGAUAUUGAGCUCUUGAAGUCUGCUUCUUCUGAGGCUGAUCAGAUGGAGAUGAUGCUUAUGAUGCAGAUGGACAAGCUCCCCGGCGACUUCUCCGGCGCUGGGGAUGAUUAUUCCGACGUCAACAACGUGCAAGUCAUGGAUUUUACCUCACAGGGGAUUAUUGAUACUACUUUCAUGAACGUGGCUUCUUUCGCCGGCGGGUCUCCUCCGGCGGCGUAUCAAGAACCGGGUUUUCCGGCGGAUUCUGUCGGGAGGCUCCGGGGCGCCGGCGGGGGGAGCGGUUAUCCUCCUCAGAAGGGGACGACGACGACCUCCAUGGCCGCAAUGAGGGAGAUGAUAUUCCGGAUAGCCGCCAUGCAGCCGAUUCAUAUCGACCCGGAGGCGGUGAAACCGCCGAAGCGGCGGAACGUGAAGAUAUCGACGGAUCCCCAGAGCGUGGCGGCGCGUCACCGGCGAGAAAGGAUCAGCGAGAAGAUCAGGAUUCUCCAGAGACUCGUUCCCGGCGGGACCAAGAUGGACACCGCCUCCAUGCUCGACGAAGCGAUUCAUUACGUCAAGUUCUUGAAAAACCAGGUGCAGUCACUCGAACGCGCCGGCGCAAGUCGCCGGCCAACCGGGAUAGAAUUUCCGGUGCCGAUAUCGACCACCAGCACUUACCUGCCUACCUCGGGAACUCAGAGUUAUCAUCAAUCUCCCCAAAACGUUCAACAUUAUGGCGAUCCUUAAUUACAAAGGUGUAGUCAUUUAAUUUUUAGCAUAAAUGCAUGGUUUUAGUGAUAAUUAAUAAUCCAUAAUCACUUGUAUGAUCCGUGUUGGGGUUAAUUUGCCAUGCACGUGUUGUAUCACGUUAGAAUAAUUAAUAUAUGGUAUAGUACUAUAUAGUAUAUAUAAUCACAAAUGAUUAAAGCCUAAUCAUAUUCUUGAUAUUCAAUAAUUUUUCUUUUCUCUCUGUAACCGUUAUUGACGAUGAAUAUAUAAGCAUAUAUGGCAAUAAUUACGCUUCCC